AUGAAAGGCUCCAGUGGAUCCGCUUUGAGAGUGUUGAGGGCGAAUGUUGUCGCUAGACCUGCUUCCCGAAGUUUCUCCUCUACCGUUCUUACCCAGAAUUUCGCUGAAGGAUCAUCGCGACCGGGGAAAGGAGAGUCAUAUCCUGGAGAAUCAACAGAGCAAGCAUGGAAAAGGAAUUUGAAUGAAGCGAGAGACUGGCGUCGGAGGAGAGACUCACAGCGCUCAAGUCUGCCACUUUUCAUUCCGGAAUCCGUCAACCCCCCACCUCGACCUCGUCCCACUUCAUCCCCUACUCAGGCGACUCUUUCAACUCUUCUUGCUUCUGGAGCAGCUCUCGGACACUCACACACCCUCACAUCUACGUCAUAUACACCAUACAUUUACGGUAAAAGAGCCGGGCUCUCCAUUAUCGAUUUGGAUCAAACAUUGCCUAUCCUCCGACGGACCGCUGCUUUAGUUCGAGAUGUGGUAAAGGCAGAUGGAAUAGUGUUGAUUGUCGGAACUAGAGAUGGACAUCAGAAGAUGAUAUACCGUGCAAAGGAACGACUGGAGGAUAAUGGGUUUGCAGUGAAUGAUUGGAUGCCAGGUGUAUUGACAAAUUCAGAGACUUUUUUCGGCAUUGAGCCAAUGCUCAACAAAUCCUACAAGCCUGAUCUUGUCAUCUUUCUCAACCCUUCUGAAAACACCGCUGCCAUUCGAGAAUGCACAUCACGUCAUAUACCUACUAUUGGUAUUGUGGAUACAGAUACGGAUCCAAGAAUAGUGACGUAUCCUAUACCUGCUAAUAUGGAGAGUAUGCGAACGGCGGAGUUAAUCAUCGGUACACUCAGCAUAGCGGGACAAGAGGGAAGGAGAUUACGCUUGAAGGAGGCUGAAAGAAGGGCUACUGAAAAGGGAAGAAGAGGCCAACGAGAUAGAAGAUGA